AUGUCUUUCUACGCAAUGUCAAACUCCAUGUUCAACGCCAUGUGCAACAAGAUCUCGGAUACCGAGGCCGACAGCGAAGGGCAGAAUUCAACUCCUCUUCCGUAUGGCUGGCGCUUGCCCCAGCCUAACAAUUUCUCUUAUGCCGAUGCCAUGAUCAGCCCGCUGAUUUAUCGUGCACAAUCAACUCCGGCUCCGUUCCCGGACACCAUAUCUGUGCUCGUGCCCACGCCCGACUACCUCUCUACCGGAGCCCCAAGACUGGUGGUAUUAUGGGUGAGAUGCUGCGGAUGCAGCAAUUUGGUCAAUCCUGAUCUAGCGCCGGAGAUGAAAUGUCCGAUUUGCUCGCAUACUGAGUGCAGUUCCUGCGGCAAAGAGAAUGUUCCCUAG